GCCUCCAGUGUGUAAAUGCAUGUUCUAGCAAGGCUCACUCUGACUCUGGAUCUCCUGCAUCCGGCUCGUCAUCACCUGACCUCUGGUACUUGGGAUAUGAGCCAGCAGUCUGCCUCAUUGACCUUCAGAUUUUGGGUUUGUCAACCCCUGCAAACAUGUGAGUCAAGAGAAGCCUCCAUCCUGAUGUCUGACCCACGGAUUUGGGACUUGCCAGCCUCCACAACUGUUGAUGGAUGGGCAGACAGAGAUGAAGUCAUUGAAGGUUAUGAGGUGGAAGCCAACGGGGGAAUCACCAUAAAGCUGCAGUCUCCAGAGGUCAGGUCAUUUGAUGAUUAUUUCCUGAAACUGAGGCUGGACACUAAUACAAGGAAUCCAUGGUUCCCUGAAUUCUGGCAACAUCGGUUCCAGUGCCGCCUACCAGGACACCUUCUGGAAAAUCCCAACUUUAAAAGAAUCUGUACAGGCAAUGAAAGCUUAGAAGAGAACUACGUCCAGGACAGUAAAAUGGGAUUUGUCAUCAAUGCCAUCUACGCCAUGGCACAUGGGCUGCAGAACAUGCACCACGCACUCUGCCCAGGCCACGUGGGCCUCUGUGAUGCCAUGAAGCCCAUUGAUGGCCAAAAACUCCUGGACUUCCUCAUCAAAUCCUCAUUCAUCGGUGUAUCUGGAGAGGAGGUGUGGUUUGAUGAGAAAGGGGAUGCUCCUGGAAGAUAUGAUAUCAUGAAUCUGCAAUACACUGAAGCUAAUCGCUAUGACUAUGUACAUAUUGGAACCUGGCAUGAAGGGGUGCUGAACAUCGAUGAUUACAAAAUCCAGAUGAAUAAGAGCGGAGUAGUACGGUCUGUGUGCAGUGAGCCUUGCUUAAAGGGUCAGAUUAAGGUCAUACGGAAAGGGGAAGUGAGCUGCUGCUGGAUUUGCACCGCUUGCAAGGAGAAUGAAUAUGUGCAAGAUGAGUUCACCUGCAAAGCUUGCGACUUGGGAUGGUGGCCCAAUGCCGACCUAACAGGCUGUGAACCCAUUCCUGUCCGCUACCUCGAAUGGAGCAACAUAGAAUCCAUCAUUGCCAUCGCCUUCUCUUGCCUGGGCAUUCUUGUUACCUUGUUUGUCACCUUAAUCUUUGUGCUGUACCGGGACACACCAGUGGUCAAAUCCUCCAGUCGAGAGCUCUGCUACAUUAUCCUAGCUGGCAUCUUCCUCGGUUACGUGUGCCCUUUCACUCUCAUUGCGAAACCUACCACCACGUCCUGCUACCUCCAGCGCCUCCUGGUUGGCCUCUCCUCUGCCAUGUGCUACUCUGCUUUAGUGACCAAAACCAAUCGCAUUGCACGUAUCCUCGCUGGCAGCAAGAAGAAGAUCUGCACCCGGAAACCCAGGUUCAUGAGUGCCUGGGCCCAGGUGAUCAUUGCCUCAAUUCUGAUCAGUGUGCAGCUAACACUGGUGGUAACCCUGAUCAUCAUGGAGCCCCCCAUGCCCAUUCUGUCCUACCCAAGCAUCAAAGAAGUCUACCUUAUCUGCAACACCAGCAACCUGGGUGUGGUGGCCCCUCUGGGCUACAAUGGACUACUCAUCAUGAGCUGUACCUACUAUGCCUUCAAGACCCGCAACGUGCCCGCCAACUUCAAUGAGGCCAAAUAUAUCGCCUUCACCAUGUACACCACCUGCAUCAUCUGGCUAGCUUUUGUGCCCAUUUACUUUGGGAGCAACUACAAGAUCAUCACUACCUGCUUUGCAGUAAGCCUCAGUGUUACUGUGGCCCUGGGGUGCAUGUUCACUCCCAAGAUGUACAUCAUCAUUGCAAAGCCCGAGAGAAAUGUCCGCAGUGCCUUCACCACCUCUGAUGUAGUCCGCAUGCAUGUUGGUGACGGCAAGCUACCCUGCCGCUCCAACACUUUCCUCAACAUCUUCCGAAGAAAGAAACCAGGGGCGGGAAACGCCAAUUCUAAUGGCAAGUCUGUGUCAUGGUCUGAACCAGGUGGAAGACAGGUGUCCAAAGGACAGCACAUGUGGCAGCGCCUCUCUGUGCACGUGAAGACCAGUGAGAUGGCCUGCAACCAAACGGCUGUCAUCAAGCCCCUCACUAAAAGUUACCAAGGCUCCGGCAAGAGCCUGACCUUUUCAGAUACCAGCACCAAGACCCUUUACAACGUGGAGGAGGAGGAGGGUGCCGAACCGGUUCGCUUUAGCCCUCCCCGCAGCCCUUCCAUGGUGGUGCACCGACGCCUGCCGACCGCGGUGACCACCCCCCCUCUGCCGCCCCACCUGACCUCGGAGGAGACGCCCCUCUUCCUGGCAGACCCAGUCAUCCCCAAGGGCUUGCCCCCUCCCCUCCAGCAGCAGCAGCAACUUCAGCAGCCACCACAACAGCAGAAAUCCCUGAUGGACCAGCUGCAGGGCGUCGUCAACAGCUUCAGCACCGGGAUCCCUGACUUUAACGCGGUGCUGGCUGUCCCCGGCGGCCUGGGCAAUGGGGUGCGGUCCCUGUUCCCACCCCCACCACCCCCACAGCACCUGCAAAUGCUCCCACUGCAGCUGAGCACCUUCGGGGAAGAGCCCAUCUCCCCCCUAGCAGAGGACGAGGACGACAGCGAGCAGUUUAAGCUCCUUCAGGAGUACGUGUACGAGCGGGAGGGGAACACAGAGGAAGAUGAGCUGGAAGAGGAAGAGGAGGACCUGCCCGGGGCCAGCAAACUGACCCCAGAGGACUCGCCUGCCCUGACGCCCCCAUCGCCUUUCCGAGACUCGGUGGCCUCGGGCAGCUCGGUACCCAGCUCCCCCGUGUCCGAGUCGGUGCUCUGCACCCCUCCCAACGUGACCUACGCCUCUGUCAUUCUGAGGGACUAUAAGCAAAGCUCUUCCACUCUGUAGGGAGGAGGUGUCCACAUAGAAAAGCAAGCUAAGUCAGGAAGCCUGGGUCUCCAGAGAUGCGCAAAAAGCUGGAGGAAAAGAACGGAGAGGAGAGGGCAAAGUCAAGAGGAAAGGAAGGGAAGAGAAGCUGCUGCUGCCUUAAGCAAGGAGAGAGAGAAGGCGGCUGUACUGAGCAAGCAAAAGCAAAAAAAAAAAAAAAAAAAUCCAGGCAAGGGUUCUGAUUCUUGAAUUAUUCAAAAGCCUUCUCUGGGAAGAAAGGGAAUUCUGACAAAGCACAAUCCCAUAUGAUAUGUAACUUUUAUGGCAAAAAAAUAAAAUCAGCAACAAAAAUCUUCUCUUUGCACAACUGUGCACAGACAUAACAUGCCCCCCCACACUGGCCAAGCUUGAAAAGAGACAACUGUGGAGGUGCUGUUUGAAUGGUGUUCAUGUAUUCAUACUGAGCAUGGUGGAGCCAGAGCCGGUGGGUGAAGGGGGUGCAGGCAUGGAACCAGCCAGUGAACACGGGAUGGGACAGUGACUCAUUUCUCUUGAGCCUUCUCCCACUUCUCUUCACCCACCCACCCAAUCGUGUGCCAGCCUUGUUGUAACACUUAGAAAAAGGUGCACGAACAUCCUGCUGCUCUGUGAUUGCUCUCUAUUUAGGAAAAGUGGAAUAAGAGCAAAGAUAAUCACCACCAAGUGCUUCCUCAGGAGUGCUAAGAGAGGGAGGACUGCGAAGCAGGCUUUGAAAAUAGUCAGUCAGCACAAUCAGCUCCCCAUGUAUGAUUCUCCUUAUUGGUGGUUUUGGAAAAAGGCCAGAACCAGAGAUUGUUCAGAGAGUGGCAGAAGGACUUUUGUGGGUUAACUUGUGUUUGUGCCAAGGGGCUUUCCGUUGCCCUUCAGUUAAAGAGAACAAACCCUGUGACAAAAUUGUUAUCUUCCAUUUACUGUAGCAAACAACACUUACCAGUUGAACUUCUCAGAUGCAGUGUAUGUACAAUGUGGUGCCAUUGUUUCUCUGUAUGUACUGCAGAAACAAACCCAUCUCUGAACCUAACGGUGUACUUAUAGCAACUAUUACUAGUUUCAAUGGCAAACGAUUCUUUCCUAUCAUCACUGAAGUCCCUGUAAUACUAAACUAGGGGUGAAUGUGUUCCUAUGUCCUUGUAUACCAGUGACUAUAAAAUUUGUGCAACGUAAUGUCAGUCAAACUGCAACCAGAAGACUGUCCUUCAGGUAUAGCUAUUUGUACGUUCAAAUAAUGUUUUGCAUAUCAUUGUCACCAAUAUCUACAGAAGCUUUUUGAAGGUUUGAGUGACGUGGUCCAGAGUUUUUCAGAUGCAGCUCAAAUGGUCAUUCCUCAUCUAAGAGAGAACGUAUUUUUCAGAUAUUUUAUGAUAUGUGAAUAUGUUAUUAAUAAAGUGGCUUGAAAUUUGUUAUAUUAAAAGUUCAAAAAAAAAACUGGGUAACAAUAAAAAUGUACGUUUUAUAAACUUGCAAACAGUAUUAUUAAAAUGUAUGAUUGAAAAGACAAUAUUUAGAGUACUUCAGGUUACUUUAGUUUUUUAAGCAUUUUUCCACAGCUAUGUGUGCUUUAUGUGCAUGAAGUAUAUGCUAACAUCAAAGUCUGGUCAGAAUUUCUCAAAUAUUUAUCUAUCCAUCACUUUUUGGCUCCUUUUAAUUUUUCUUUCUGUGUACUUUUAUGCCUGUGUUUUCACGUCAAAAUUUUUCUUCAUGUUUUUGGUAUUUACUGUAGUGUAAUAUCCAUGUCCAUGGUAAUUCAUGUGUUCCGUUUUUACCCUCUCUGUUUACCCUGAAUAAAAGAGAUUUUUCUUGCCAUUUUGAUUCCUACUAUUAUUUGUGGAAUGAGUCUUAUCUCUUAAAUUUCUUUGUUGAUGCCUUAUGUUCAGUCAUAUUUUUAAUGUGCUUCCUUCAUGUUGAAGCCACUGAUUUCUCAGCCAAAAACCAUCUUAGAAACUUUCAAUACCCACUGCAUUAUUUGUCUAAAAUUCAAAAUCAAUCCAAUGCUUGCAUGCAGCUCAUGUCUAUUCUGUCUUACCAUAUACUAGUGCCAAGUUCAGUCAGUCCCAUGUCAAGAAUGAACCUCCUUGUCUUUAAAAAGUAACUUUAAAACACUUUUGGUGAAAAGACCUUGUGGCUGAAAUGUGAACUCCAGUUCCACACGCCUAUCGCAGUGAAGCUUAUGAGAAAAAUGAGUGAUUCCAUGCUUACUAGAUCAAUUUCUACUAACUGGUAAACUAACAAGGGCAAGGAUGGAAUUGACUAUUAGUGAAAAUUGUUUUUUGUCUUAAUGCCACGAAUAUAUACCCUUGACAUUACAGGACUUGUGCUUUUGCCUUUUUUAAAAUAAAAAUAGAUAAAGUAAACAAUGUCUCCUAUUCAAAUAUAUAAGAUGUCAGUUUUUUGAGGUUUUGGUCUGAGAUAUUUGGUGAACACAUUAAACACUACACAUGUUAUUACUGGAAAUGCCUACUAUUACCAGGAAUAUGAGUUUUCUGAAAUGCAAUAGAGUAUUAGCUCUUAUAUCAUAAUUGUUCACAAAGGAAAACAUACACACACAUACCAUAUACCAAAAGGGCAGAAACUCUUUACCCAAAUAUAUGUGCUUGUUCCAGUUGUUGAGCUUCUUGUAAAAGUAUUUCUUUUGGCUCGUUACUGCCUUUUGUCAAAUAAUCUUGAUGAUGCUGUAUAAUAAAUAUUUUCUAUUUAUUAA